AUGAGACUCGCGUUUUGUGGUAACGACAAUGCCUCAGCCUACAACAUCAGUGCUGGUGUCCUCAGGAAUGUCUGCUUUGUGGAUGCCCUCAACUUGGUCCCUCAUGUCUUCCUGCUGUUUAUCACCUUCCCAAUUUUGUUCAUUGGCUGGGGAAGCCAGAGCUCCAAAGUGCAGAUUCACCACAACACCUGGCUGCACUUCCCCGGGCACAACCUGCGGUGGAUCCUGACAUUCACCCUGCUGUUCGUGCACGUGUGUGAAAUAGCAGAGGGGAUUGUUUCCGACACACAAAUGAAAUCACGCCACCUGCAUCUCUUUCUACCAGCUAUAAUGGGAUUUGUGGCUGCCACUGUAUCCAUAGUCUAUUACCAUAAUAUUGAAACAUCCAACUUUCCAAAGUUACUUCUGGCCCUGUUCCUUUACUGGAUAAUGGCCUUUGUCACCAAAACCAUCAAGCUUGUCAGAUACUGCCAGGAUGGGGUGCCUUUUUCUCAGCUGCGUUUCUGCAUCACUGGAAUCAUGGUCAUCCUCUAUGGGCUGCUGAUGGCUGUGGAGAUCAAUGUCAUCCGAGUCAGGAGGUAUGUGUUUUUCAUGAACCCUCAGAAAGUAAAGCCUCCAGAGGAUCUGCAGGAUCUGGGGGUGAGGUUCCUGCAGCCAUUUGUCAAUUUGCUCUCAAAGGCAACUUAUUGGUGGAUGAACACUCUCAUUAUUUCUGCUCACAAGAAACCUGUGGACCUGAAGGCCAUUGGGAAGCUGCCAAUUGCAAUGAGAGCACUGACAAAUUAUGUCUGUCUCAAAGAAGCCUAUGAGGAACAAAAGAAAAAGGUGGAGGACCAUCCAAACCGGAGUCCCUCCAUUUGGUUGGCCAUGUACAGCGCUUUUGGACGGCCAAUCCUGCUCAGCAGCACCUUCCGCUACCUGGCCGACCUGCUGGGCUUUGCUGGGCCACUCUGCAUUUCUGGCAUUGUCCAGGGCUUCCAGAAUACAACCAAUAAUACAAACACCACAGAAAAGGUGAAGGAUCCAUCAAACUCCUACCUUUCAUCGGAGGAAUUCCUCAGGAAUGUUUAUGUCUUGGCAGUCCUUCUCUUCCUGGCUCUUAUCCUGCAGAGGACAUUCCUGCAGGCCUCCUACUAUGUGACUACAGAGACUGGCAUCAACCUCCGGGGUGCCUUACUGGCAAUGAUAUAUAAUAAGAUCCUGAGGCUUUCUACAUCCAACUUGUCCAUGGGAGAGAUGACACUGGGACAAAUCAAUAACUUGGUUGCCAUAGAAACCAACCAAUUAAUGUGGUUCUUGUUCCUGUGCCCCAAUCUGUGGGCAAUGCCUGUUCAGAUAAUAAUGGGUGUGAUCCUCCUCUAUAACCUGCUGGGAGUGAGUGCCUUGGUUGGGGCAGCUGUCAUCGUGCUCUUAGCUCCUAUCCAGUACUUCAUAGCCACCAAGCUGGCUGAGGCUCAGAAGAGCACUCUUGACUAUUCUACUGAGAGAUUAAAGAAAACCAAUGAGAUACUCAAAGGCAUUAAGCUAUUAAAGCUUUAUGCCUGGGAGCACAUAUUUUGUAAAAGUGUGGAAGAAACGAGAAUGAAAGAGCUCACCAGUCUCAAAACCUUUGCACUUCAUACAUCUCUUUCCAUUUUUAUGAAUGCAGCCAUACCAAUAGCAGCUGUUCUUGCAACCUUUGUGACUUAUGCCUACACCAGUGACAAGCCACUGCAGCCCGCCCAGGCAUUUGCAUCCCUGUCACUGUUCCACAUCCUGGUCACACCUCUGUUCCUGCUCUCCACCGUGGUUCGUUUUGCAGUCAAGGCCAUUGUGAGUGUACAGAAGCUGAAUGAGUUUCUCCUGAGUGAUGAGAUUGGAGAUGACAGCUGGAGAGGGGGGGACAGCUCUGUACCUUAUGAAUCCUGUAAGAAGCACACAGGACUUCACACCAAGGCCAUCAACAGGAGGCAGCCCCUGAGGUAUCAGCUCGAGGGCUACGAGCAGCCAGCCAGGAAGCAGACACGGCCCGUGGAGAUUGAUGAUGUGGCCAUUAAGGUGACCAAUGGAUACUUUUCAUGGGGAAGUGGUUUAGCUACACUGUCCAACAUAAACAUUAGAAUUCCAACAGGUCAGAUGACAAUGAUUGUGGGCCAAGUUGGCUGUGGCAAGUCUUCACUUCUCCUUGCUAUAUUGGGAGAGAUGCAGACCCUGGAGGGAAAAGUUCACUGGAGCAAACUGCCUGGCAGACAGAUGAAUACAGAAGGAGACUUCAGUGUAAAUGAAACUGAACCUUCUUUUGAAGCAUCCAGAAGUAGGAACAGGUACUCCGUGGCUUACGCAGCUCAGAAGCCAUGGCUGCUCAAUGCCACCGUGGAGGAGAACAUCAUCUUUGGCAGCCCCUUUAAUAAGCAGAGGUACAAAGCUGUUACAGAUGCCUGUUCUCUGCAGCCUGAUAUUGACUUACUGCCAUUUGGUGACCAGACAGAAAUUGGAGAAAGGGGGAUUAAUUUAAGUGGAGGCCAACGACAGAGAAUCUGUGUAGCUCGAGCACUCUACCAGAACACCAACAUUGUCUUCUUGGAUGACCCAUUCUCUGCACUGGACAUUCACUUAAGUGAUCACUUAAUGCAGGAAGGGAUUUUGAAGUUUCUGCAAGAAGACAAGAGGACUCUUGUUCUGGUGACACAUAAAUUACAAUAUCUGCCACAUGCUGACUGGAUCAUAGCAAUGAAGGAUGGAAUGGUGCUUAGAGAAGGGACACUAAAGGAUAUCCAAAACAAGGAUGUUGAGCUAUAUGAACACUGGAAAACUCUGAUGAAUCGCCAAGAUCAAGAGUUGGAAAAGGAUAUGGAAGCUGACCAGACAACUCUUGAGAGAAAAACCCUUAGAAGGGCCAUGUACCCCAGAGAAUCCAAGUCACAACUGGAAGAUGAAGAUGAAGAGGAGGAAGAGGAAGAAGAUGAAGAUGAUAACAUGUCAACUGUCUUGAGGCUCAGGACAAAGAUGCCAUGGAAAACCUGUUGGAGAUAUCUAACCUCUGGAGGAUUUUUCUUGCUCUUUCUGAUGAUUUUCUCCAAGCUGUUGAAACAUUCAGUUAUUGUGGCCAUAGAUUACUGGCUUGCCACAUGGACAUCCAUGGACAAUGCAAACGAAGCCAGGAAUGCUGAUGAGGAUAAGAGCAAAGAGAAGACAUAUCAUGUAGCUGUCUUCAGCAUCCUCUCUGGAGCUGGGAUUGUCCUUUGCCUCAUCACAUCCCUGACUGUGGAGUGGAUGGGCCUCACAGCAGCCAAGAACCUGCACCACAAUCUCCUCAACAAGAUCAUCCUUGGACCAAUCAGGUUCUUCGACAUGACUCCGCUGGGGCUAAUUCUGAAUCGCUUCUCUGCUGAUACAAAUAUCAUUGAUCAGCACAUCCCUCCCACACUGGAGUCUCUGACCAGAUCCACCUUGCUGUGCCUGUCAGCCAUUGGGAUGAUCUCCUAUGCCACUCCAUGGUUCCUUGUGGCCCUUGUGCCCCUGGGCAUAGCAUUUUAUUUCAUCCAGAAAUACUUCAGGGUUGCUUCCAAGGACCUCCAGGAACUUGAUGACAGCACCCAGCUCCCUCUGCUGUGUCAUUUCUCUGAGACAGCUGAAGGCCUUACCACCAUCAGAGCAUUUGGGCACGAAGCCAGAUUUAAACAACGUAUGCUGGAGCUGACGGACACGAACAACAUUGCCUACUUAUUUCUGUCAGCUGCCAACAGAUGGCUGGAGGUCAGGACGGAUUAUCUGGGUGCCUGUAUUGUCCUGACUGCUGCUGUCACUUCCAUCACUGAAGGGCCACACUCGGGGUUUGUGGGGCUGGGUCUCCUGUAUGCUCUGACGAUAACCAACUACCUGAACUGGGUAGUGAGGAAUCUGGCUGAUCUGGAAGUGCAGAUGGGUGCAGUGAAAAAAGUACACAGCUUCCUGAACAUGGAGUCGGAGAACUAUGAAGGCUACCUGGAUCCCUCUCAAGUCCCCAAAGACUGGCCCCAGGAGGGGGAAAUCAAGAUUGAAAAUUUGUGUGUUCGCUAUGAAAACAACCUGAAGCCUGUUCUGAAGCAUGUGAAGGCCUAUAUCAAACCAGGACAAAAGGUUGGGAUCUGUGGUCGCACUGGUAGUGGCAAGUCCUCUCUAUCCUUGGCAUUCUUCAGAAUGGUGGACAUUUUUGAUGGGAGGAUAGUGAUUGAUGGGAUAGACAUCAGCAAAUUGCCUCUGCACACGCUGCGGUCCCGGCUCUCCAUCAUUCUGCAGGACCCAAUCCUGUUCAGUGGCUCCAUCCGCUUUAAUUUGGAUCCUGAAUGCAAGUGCACCGAUGACAGACUCUGGGAAGCUCUGGAGAUUGCUCAGUUGAAGAACAUGGUCAAGUCAUUGCCAGGAGGCCUUGAUGCCAUGGUCACAGAAGGAGGGGAAAACUUCAGUGUGGGGCAAAGGCAGCUCUUCUGUCUGGCUCGAGCCUUUGUCCGCAAGAGCAGCAUCCUCAUCAUGGAUGAAGCCACAGCAUCUAUUGACAUGGCCACAGAAAACAUCUUGCAGAAGGUUGUGAUGACUGCCUUUGCUGACCGCACUGUUGUUACAAUAGCGCACCGGGUUCACACCAUCCUCACUGCAGACCUGGUCAUCGUCAUGAAGCGAGGGAACAUUCUGGAAUACGAUACUCCUGAGAACCUGCUUUCCCAGGAAGACGGCAUCUUCGCUUCCUUUGUCCGGGCUGACAUGUGAACAGUCACACAAUGCAUUUUAACAGCUUAUUUUUAAACAGAUGAAAUGCAAAUAUUUUCUACUCAGUGUAACAUCACUUUUACCUUUUUGUUUUGUUUUGUUUUUUAGAGCUUCUUUCUUCACACUUCCAUCUUUCAAAAUAAUAAAGCCUAUUGCCAUAUAUGUAUGCA